UCGUCAACCGAUGUCAGGCAAACCAUCAGCCCUGACAUCGACAUUUCCACCCCUGGAUUUCUGGCGAUGACCUCAAGAGGCGUUAUCCCCCAUCUAUCACGCGAUCACUGCAUAGCAACUGAUGCUGUUUCGUGGAUUCAUGUGCCUUUUGAAACUUUGUAAGUUUCUCUUUACAUUCACAUCGCAUCAAUUGCCCCUCCUGCCCUGCUCGUUCAGCUGGAGGCUCAAACACUGCAUGUACUGAUAUGACAGUCUUGAACACAAUCCACCUGUCCCUGUUCUUUACUCUGCCUCCAAAUCAAAGUCAAGCAUUCAGCCUCCUUUAACACCACUGCAUGACUUCUUGGGGUAUAGCCCUAGUAAACACAUAGUCUCUACUUCCCUUCGGGAUCCUUUCGAUGAUCGCGAGAUGCCCCCAAAUGGCGCGACUCACGUCGCCACUCAUUGUAUGCGUGGCGUACGCAAGGUGACACCUGCAGCUUGGCGUACUUAUGUGCAAGCAAUGCGUCCUGAUAUCGUUUUUGCACUCACGGACACCCCCUUCACGCCUCCACCGUAUUCUCAGAAACGCAUCACCAAGAGCAUCGAGAGAUCUACCGCUUGGUUGAUGGAUAUCUUGCGCCCAAUACAACAAUGGGAUACCCCUCAGCCAGCUUCCAAGUCCUCAUCGAAGGCAUUACCGUCCUCGACAUCUACAGCGAUUUUCUCUCCCAACGCUUCAAACCAGCGCUCGGGGCCUGACCAUCCAUUCAACGUGUUCGUUACGAUGGCCGGAGGGAUAAGCAUACCUGCGCGUGAAGCAUUUUCGCAUGCAUUGGUGGAAAUGCUAUACGAUAAAGACGCCGAGGCUGUCAAGCCUCUCACACGUCUUGAUGAUGGCGUGGCAGGAUAUGUUUUUGACUUGAGUCCACUGCGCGUAGCUCUCGUUGACAGUAUAACACCCACUUUUACUCAAGGCUCGAACGGCGCGGACAAACCGAGUGAAGAACUUGAACAAAAAAAGGUCUCGAUAGAUCUCCUAUCACCCCUUAUGCACGCCUCCCUCGCCCCUCUUUCAUCGGAUAAACCACGUCUUGUCACCGCUGUCUCUUCGCCACACGAGAUACUGCGACUUAUAAGGGACGUCGGCGUAGAUGUGUUCGAUGCAAAAUGGGCGCAACAAGCGGCAGAUGUGGGCGUCGCACUCGACUUUCGGUUUCCAGUCUCCGACACACCACAACGUACUCAUCUAUUCACAAAAGUGCGUGAUGGAAAUCAGAUAGAGCCGACCUCGCUGAAAAUCCGAGCGCGCGGGAAGCUCGAUCUGGGACAUAACUUGUACGAUCGGGCGUAUACUCGUAAUUUCUCCAGGCUAGCGGAGAGUUUUUGCGAUCGAUCGAGCUCCACGACGUCUACGCUGCCCAUUUGUUCAUGCAUAGCAUGUUCCCCAACCGCUCCUGCCACGCACAUCUCACAUAGCAUCAUAGAUGGCCAAGCAUACGAUGGAUAUACUAUCGGUGCAAAUUCGACAUUGGUUAGCAAGAUAGAGGUCGUGUUACCCCCUUAUACUCGCGCAUAUCUGCAUCACCUAUUGCAUACACACGAGAUGUCGGCGCACACAUUACUGGCUGCCCACAAUUUGACAGUGCUAGAUGCGUUUUUUAGGGGUGUGCGAAAGGUCAUUGGGAAGGACUCCGGUGGGGACAUCACUGGCUCAGUUUCUGCCGAUACCGGUGCAGUUUUUGCGCAAGAAGUCGAGCGCUUUGAGAAGACAUACGACGAAUCAACAUCAUUGCUGGACGAGGCAAGAGAAGACUGGCGAGACGUUGAUCUUGCAAGAGGUAGAGGACGACUGGCUCGCGAGCGAGAAAAGGAGAUGGAGAAAGAGGGGGAUAAGCAGUUGGUUGAAAGUGCCCCCGAGCCCCUUGGUGAUUUGCUUCAAAAAGAAGGGGUGGGGUGUGCGUGA